AUGUCCAACAAAGCUUCGAUGCAGAUGUUAGCUCAUGAAUUGGUUCAACUCCUCUGGAGUGAGGUUCUACUAUUGCCAAAAGACCAGUUCUCAACACUAGUUGACAACCAUUCGACUUUACUUUUUGAAGCUGCAGAAUUAGGGAAUGUUGAUUAUCUAAUUAUACUUAUACGCACUUAUCCUGAUCUCAUAUGGAGAGUAGACGAGAAAAACCGAAGUAUAUUUCACAUUGCUGUUAAACUUCGGCAAGAAAAUGUGUUCAAUCUAAUAUAUGAGAUAGGUUCUAUCAAGGGUAUGAUUGCACAAUAUAUUGACGCAGACGAUAACACCAUGCUUCACUUAGCUGGACGAUUGGCUCCUUUAGAGAGACUAAAUAUCAUAUCAGGAGCAGCCCUUCAAAUGCAACGAGAGUUAUUGUGGUUUAAGGAGAUAGAAAAGAUUGUGCCACCUUCAUACAAGAAGCUGGUGAAUAAAGGUAUAGAUGGUGAACCUGCGGAUACACCGUGGGAAUCAUUCACAAAGAAUCAUGAAAAGUUAAAAGAACAAGGUGAAAAGUGGAUGAAAGACACUGCAAAUUAUUGCAUGCUUGUGGCAGCACUGAUUGCUACAGUAGUAUUUGCUGCAGCUUUUACUGUGCCAGGUGGCAACAACCAAGAAAUAGGAAUACCUAUUUUUUUGAAACAUAAGUGGUUUUUGGUGUUCUUCAUAUCAGAUGCAAUCGCUCUAGUCUCUUCUUCGACUUCGAUACUAAUAUUUUUGUCAAUUCUCACUUCACGUUACGCGGAAGAGGAUUUCCUCGAGUCAUUACCUAGAAGGUUGUUGUUUGGACUUACAACACUCUUCAUCUCUAUAGUAACCAUGGUUGUAGCUUUUAGUGCAACCUGUUUUUUGGUUUAUUACAGUGAAAUGGCCUGGCUUCCAAUUGUUAUAAUUGUUUCAGCUGGUGUCCCAGUUACUUUAUUUGUUAGGCUACAUUAUCAACUUUGGGCUGAUAUUAUCCGCUCAACAUAUUGGUCUAGGUUUCUUUUCCAACCAAAUAAGAGUAGGCUAUUUUAG